AGAGCUACAUCAUCAAUCGCCCUCCAUCGCCUUCAUUAUGAGCAACAGCAACCUCGAGGGCCCAGUUCUCAUCUUCGGUGGCUGCGGCUUUCUUGGGCACCACCUUGUCCGCGAGUUUGCUCGCGCGACCCCGAAUACCAAGGUCGCUGUCGUCGAUGUCAACACUGAGCGCAAUCGAGACCCAAAUGCCACAUACUACACUGCCAACAUUACCAAGCGCGAUGAGAUAGCCAAGGUCUUCCAGGAAGUCAAGCCGCAGGUUGUGCUCCACACAAUUUCGCCCAACCCUUUCGAAAUCGACCACUCGCUGCUGGAAAAGGUCAAUGUCAUUGGAACCAAGAACAUUGUCGACUGUGCCAAAGAGGUCGGCACUGUGCACGCACUCGUGUACACAUCGAGUUCGUCGGUCGUACACAACCAACGCCAGCCCCUGGUCGAAGCCACCGAAGACCUGCCGGUUCUCUUCUAUCCCGACCAGCCGGAAUUCUACUCGCACACCAAAGCACUCGCUGAAAAGACGGUUCUCGAGGCCAACCGCGAAAACGGAAUGCUGACGGCGGUCGUGCGGCCCGCAGCCCUCUACGGGUCUGGCGAUGAAUCCAUGACGACCAACAUGACCAAGCAGGCUUUUACCGGCCACGCCAACAUCCGUGUCGGCAACGAGCCAUACCUCUACGACACGUGCUACGUGGAGAACUGCACAAACGCACAGCUGCUGCUCGUGAAGGCGCUCCUCGAAGCCAGCGCCUCUGCACCACUGCCCGCCGACAAGAAAGUCGAAGGCGAAGCCUUCUUCGUGACCAACGACGAGCACAUUCCCUUCUGGAGCCUCUCGCGCCUAGUUGCCGACAUCAUGGGAAAGCCGGUCAAGGACAAGCAGGUCAAGCAAAUCCCCAUCUGGCUCAUGAAGGCCAUUGCUUUCACAGGUUCAUGGCUCUACUGGAUCUUCUCGCUCGGCCGCAAGCAGCCCGUGCUGACGCCCUGGGUCGUCCGCCUCACCACCAUGGAGCGCACCAUUUGCAUUGACAAGAUCAAGGCGCGUCUCGGCUACAAGCCCUCGUUUUCCAAUCGCCAGGGCUGGGAAAAGGCGCUCGAGUGGUCGUUGCCCAAAGUACAGGCUGCGGCUAAACAGGGCUGAAUGAGCUUUAGCACAACUCCUACUGCUACUGCUACUCUGCCAACUUCCCCAGCAUACUCCAGGCUGAGCCUAAAAAUAAAGUUAAACCCCAGUAUCAUGUACUUUUAUAUCCGCAGAAUUCAAAACAUCACCACCGUCACCGUCAUCAUCAUACCACCAGGCAGGCAUCCAAGUAUCCAAAUCCUCUUUUUUUAAAAGAAUAUAUAUAUAUAUAUAUAUACCAAUCAUAUUCUCCCCGUACUUGAAUACGUA